AUGAAUGCCAAGCCUGGUUUGUUCUCAGAGCUGGCAAAUAGGAGCAAUCCAUCCACAGGAAUGCAUCCCUUGCUAAUCAUGCUCUUGUUCAUUUACUUCUCUCAAGCCAUUAAUGCAAGGGACACAAUAACACCAAGUCACCCACUCACUGACAACGAGACCCUCGUCUCAGCUGAUGGCCGAUUCGCUCUAGGUUUCUUCACCCCGGGCAGCUCCAACAAUAGUUAUAUUGGUUUAUGGUACAACGCGAUCACAGACAAGACACCUAUUUGGGUUGCCAACCGCAAGGAUCCGGUCAAAAACUCAACUGGAGUUUUAUCAAUCUCCGGCAAUGGAAACCUCCUCAUCACCGAUCAAAACUCCACCGUUGCAUGGUCAUCUGGUGUUACCAACGUGACCAAUCCGGUUGCACAGCUCUUGAACUCUGGAAACCUGGUGGUCAGAGAUGCUAACUUCUCGGACGGUGAGUUUGCAUGGCAAGGCUUUGACUAUCCAACAGACACGCUGAUUGCCGGCAUGAAGAUGGGUGUGGACUUUGUGACCGGACUGAACCGGACUUUAACAGCAUGGACCAGCGAAUCCGAUCCAUCUCCUUCUCAGUACUAUGCACUGUUGGACAUCCAUGGCGACCCACAACUAGCCCUCUGUUCGGGUUCAAAAAUGGUGUACCGUGCAGGGCCAUGGAACGGACUCCGGUACAGUGGCAUCCCUGGCACUGUCACAUAUUAUGGGUUCAACUUCAGCUUCAUCAACAACAAGAAAGAGAUUAGCUACUCGUUCAACACCAUCCCAUCCGUUUUGUCCAAGCUUGCAGUAAACCAAUCUGGUGUAUUGCAGAGAUCGUUAUGGGUACAGGACAGUGAACUGUGGAACAUCAUUUGGUAUGCUCCAAUGGAUCAGUGUGACUACAUGCCACCAUGUGGUCCGUUCGCCACAUGCAACCCAAAUAACUCGCCGAUAUGUGACUGCAUCCAGGGGUUCAAGCCCAAGUCUCCGAACAAGUGGAUGUACAGGGACGCAACCGAUGGAUGCGUUCGGAAAACACGUUUGGACUGUAACAACGGGACAGAUGGGUUCCUUGUUUUACCUAAUACAAAGCUGGCGGAUACUUCGAACGUAACGGUGGACAUGAGUUUGAGCAUGGAUGAGUGUAGGGUUAAGUGCUUGAGUACUUGUUCAUGCACUGCUUAUGCUCCGGCAGAUGUUCGUAAUGGUGGGAGUGGAUGUAUAAUUUGGACGCAUGAACUCACUGAUCUUAAGAUGUUCACCAGCGAUGUCUAUGGGCAAGAGUUCUACGUACGUCUUGCGGCUGCCGAUCUAGGUCAGUCGUCAACCAUAGCUCGCAAAAGCAAGAAAUGGAUAUAUAUCUUGGUAAUAAUCCUUGGGUUUAUGCUGCUAAUCCUUGCUUGUGUUGGUGGUCUUAUAUGGAGGAGGAGGAAGAGAAGAAGAACAAGAGCGGUGGAAGAGGUCAACACAAUCUUCCAUGAUCGCAGCAACCAGGGGUUUGUUUCAGGGAAUGACCUAGAGCUCUCUCAAGGGAGUGAUCUUGAGCUACCUCUUCUGGACUUGAGCACUGUUGCAUUUGCAACAGAUAACUUCUCUGAUGCUAAUAAACUUGGGGAGGGUGGCUUUGGACCUGUUUUUAAGGGGAAGCUAGGGAAUGGACAAGAAAUAGCAGUGAAGAGACUUUCUAAAACAUCAGUACAAGGCCUGGUUGAGUUCAAGAAUGAGGUUUUGUUAAUUGCCAAACUUCAACACAGGAAUCUUGUUCGUCUUCUUGCCUCCUGCAUUGAAGGAGAAGAAAGAAUCCUGAUUUAUGAGUAUAUGCCAAACAAAAGCUUGGAUUACUUUCUUUUUGAAAAAUCAGAAGAUCAAGUGCUCGAUUGGCAAACACGUUUCAAAAUUAUUAUGGGAAUUGCUAGGGGGCUCUUAUAUCUGCACCAAGACUCUAGAUUAAGGAUUAUCCAUAGAGACCUCAAAGCAAGCAAUGUCCUUCUGGAUGAGGUUAUGAAUCCUAAGAUUUCAGACUUUGGCAUGGCGAGAAUUUUCUGUGGAGAUGAGGCAGUGGGUAAUACCAUGAAAGUUGUUGGUACAUUUGGAUACAUGUCUCCUGAGUAUGCAAUGGAUGGGAUCUUCUCUCAAAAGUCUGAUGUCUUUAGUUUUGGGGUUUUAGUGCUGGAAAUCAUCACUGGCAAGAAGAACAGAGGGGUGUACUUAGCCGCACCUCAUACCAACCUUUUGGAUCAUGUAUGGAAUUUAUGGAAGGAGGGCAUUAGCUUGCAACUGGUUGAUGAAUCAAUGGGCUGCUCUUAUUCUAUGAAUGAAGUCAUGGGAUGCAUCAAAGUGGGUCUCCUAUGUGUGCAAAAUCACCCAGCGGAUAGGCCUUUCAUGUCUUCUGUACUUCUCAUGUUGAGUGGUGACCACGCACUGUUACCAAACCCUAAGGAGCCCGGGUUCGCCAUGAGAGAUGGUGUUCCAUGUCAGACGGAAUCAUCUUCAAGCAAACGAAACUCUAGUCCAAGUUAUGAUAUGUCAGCCACACUGAUUGAAGGCAGAUAGGUGACAGGGGAACUAACAUAUUUAUUGCUAAAUUUUGCAA